UCAAUACGGUCUACUCUGUUGGGGAACAGUGACGGAGAAGGGUGGUCACACAGUUGACAGGAGCCCACCUCGAUUUUGAUCGGAAAAACAACCAAAGUCACAGCACUGUACCGCCCUGGAACACGCAGUACUCACCAGAUUUUUUCUGCCUCGACAAAUAAAUGCUCAACAUAGGCAUCAGAGAAAUAAAACACGCGAAAAACAAGGACCAUUUUGUGAACUGAAACAAAAGCGCACUGGCCAUACAGCACCAAGAUAAAGCCCACAGAGCCUCUCAAUGCAUACCCUUUGUGCUCGGGGAACGAUGAAGCCAGAGAUAACCGCCGCCGUCGGAUUUCUGUCGAGAUUUCUGCGGAUUAAAGGACAUGUGAACGACAGACAGCUCCAGACAUUCAGCCAGACCUUACAGGACAUACUGGCAGAGCAAUACAUGCACCACUGGUUCCCAGACCGCCCCAACAAGGGUUCUGGGUACCGCUGCAUACGUAUUAACCACAAGAUGGACCCUCUGGUGGGGCAAGCUGGCCAGCGCAUUGGUCUGAGCAUCCAGCAGCUCUAUGUUCUGCUUCCUAGCGAGCUCACAUUGUGGGUCGACCCGUUCGAGGUGUCCUACCGCAUCGGCGAGGACGGAUCCAUCUGUGUGCUCUAUGAAUCCAGUCCCAACACCAACGUCACCACUGGAAACAGCAACCCAACCUCGUCUGUCACCCAUGUAUCGCCCAUGGUGGACAGUCACAUCAGUUGCAAGGAGGAAUUGUUGGUUAUGGGUCGAACCAGCCCAGCUAAAUCAUACAUGAUGACUGUGUCCAGCUAAACGGGCCACUGUUGUCAUUUUUAAGAUAACGUGAAACAAAAAGAGAAAGAAGAAAAAAAAAAAAGAAACAGGAUGUGUCCUAUCGUCCAGGAGAUGGAAACCUUGUAGGUUUAAUUUUCACUCAUUUGGUUGUCUGUUCUGUUCUUGUGUUGGAUCUACCAGAGGCUUGACCCUGGGGCAGCUAUGAAGACCCAAGACAUUGGCUCAAUCUCUUGCAGAGACUGGCCCACUCCCACGGCAGUCUUGGGGUUUUUCACCAUCGUCUGCCGAUGUUAAUUUUGCACUUUUGCUUUCAUGGUUUUUAUUAUCACAUAAACACAAACUCCCUCAAAAAUAUUAAGGAGUUACAUUCAGAAUCCUGUUUCAUCAUCUCGCCGUUCACUGUCGAGCUGAAGCCCAGACCUACGGUCAGUUGCACCAGGGCAGAGUAGCCGCUAUGAGCCUCUUUUUUAAAAACCUCACUUUUUUGGACCACAAAGCGGUACUUCUCUCCAUUUCUCAGUGUCUGGUUUGCAGUCGGGCCUCCUCCUGGGCUUCAGGUCGACAAGAACAGCUUCAAACCGCCUCCAUCCUUUACACUGCCGCGAUGGAAUACCUGUCAUACUGUUAAACUCUUUAGCCGUUAAUGGUACUGUGAUGCAAAGGUUCUCAUGCUUGUAGCUUUUUCUAGGGGUGGGACUCCCUCCUGGAUGAAUGUAAUUUAUAAGAAAAACAAAGAAAUAUCCAACAAUGACUAAAACAAUUUAUUUAAGCCCCUUGUCAUACCAAAAUGAAAGAUGUAGCAAAGGUUUUUUUUUAUUUAUUUUAUUUUUACUUAGAGCAGAUGCGAUCUACAUUUUCUGCCUGAUUAGAAAAGAUACUGAAUGCACUUUUGACAUUUAGACUGUGUGGGAUGACGUUUAGACUUAACCAAGCUGCAUUCCAUCGCUUUCUUUUUACAUUCUCAUUCAGCUUCACACCAUUUUCGUAAUUUGUUUUCUUGCUUACACUCUGCCUGGCGGCAGAGCAAUGUGGUUGCAAUAUUUAAGAAGCCUGUGUCAAAGAAAUAUUUCAAACCAGGUUGUUGUCGCAUUCAGCAGUGCCGUUUUAUCCUUUCAAGUGACUGAGAUGCACACAAUUCAGGCUGAUUUUCCAUCAAGACUAUUUUCUAAUGCACAAGGCUGUUGCUCAAAGGCAAAACUCAGUAACUACACAUUUUGUCUGGUCAGUUAUGACAGAAAUUUAGUCUCUUAAACCAGUGGUUCUCAACUAGGGGGCUGGGGACCGCUAGAGGGCCUCAACAAAAAUCCAAGGGGGCCAUGAGAUGAUUUAAAAUUAUAUAGGUUAUAUCAAAACUAUCAAGCUUAAUUAAAAAAGGCUAAAAUGUAGGCCUAGACCAUAUAAAAUCAUAGUUCCAAAAACAUUUAUUAACCUGAAAUUAAUCUUGAGAAAGUAUUUUAAUUUAUUGGCCUUCGAAUAGUGUCUUGGACAAUGAAGGGCUCUGGAGUCAAAAAGGUUGAGAACCACUGUCUUUGAUCUGUCCUGAGACAGAUGGCUUUGGCUCAACUAUGCACAGAUUCAGAGACAACGGAGAGUAAAAAUUGCAGUAACUGAAAUCAACAAUAAAAUUAAGUAUCUUUGAUGUCAUUUUUCUCAAUUUCAGUGUUGGCGUAGUUACCGCGUUUUGCCUUUGCAGAGUAGAUAUGGCCCUCUUUGGCUACAAUAAAGCAGUUUAUGCAGUGGGAAAGCUAGAAACUGCGGAAGUCUCUCCAUUGGACAAUCUGGAAACCCAGUUUACGGGACCAAUGUUUCCCAUCCUAUUGUUUUUAAAGCCUCUAAACAAAGACAGCCUGGAAAAACAGAUGUCAACUCAUUUUUCACACCGAAUUGCAGGGCCCACCAAGCUUAGAUGCUGAACAUGGUGCUUGCUUUUUCACAGAGGGUCUUCAGCCUGAAUAACAGCCAAGUGUCACCGGUCUCAGUCUUAAUUAGGGGCGCGCGGUCAAACAUAUCAUCUCCCUCCCUAGGCUGGGUGUAGGAGGGGGUAGGACCCUCAUAUCAGGGCAGCUACAAUCCUCUCCAACCCCCUUCCUCAUAGCCCAGAGGAGAGUUUAGCCAGCACACACACACUGAGCGCACUCCAAACUCACUGAGCCUGACGUACAGGGCCGAGACAAACAGGAAGAGAAAAUUGAGCAAUGCUCCUGGUUGUGAUGCACUGCCUUUCUUCUUGUUUCCUUGUUCCUUAUUGGACCAUCAGCUAUUUAAGACAGGAGAACACAUUUGGUAAGCUGAACCACAGCACACGUGCUUCUUAAAUCCAAAUUUGCAUAUGAAACAUUUGUGAAAAUUGAAACACCUGAGAUAGUCAGACGGUCUGCAGUUUGGACGCAAUUUGCCAUCCCACUCUUCUGAAUGCUUUAACUCUGACAGGCAGCCCCCCACCCCAAUGGUUUUAAUAUUUAAGAUUUUUAACCACAGUCUGGUGACCUUAACCAAAUUCAGACAGACAAUUUGAGUGCUUUUAGAUCUACAAUUUUUAAACUACUAAGAAUUAUGACUUCACACCACCUCAACCGAAAUAAUGACAUCAGCAAACAGAUUUCACUUUUCACCAUUCUGAAACCUGUUUCAGUUCAGUAAACGUUUGCACACAAGUUUUAGUAUCAUUGUGAGUCUAAAGUCUACUUUGAGCAAGAGCACAUGAAAUGCACUUAUAGGUUAACAUUGAAGUUAUGUGACUUUGAGACAGCUGAGUCUCUAUUGGAAUGUAUUGCCAAGCUCAGGCCACAGAAAUUCUAAUGGAUGUGCAGGUUAAGACGUGAAAAAAUAGAAGGGAAUGAUUUGGUUCUGAAUUCUGUCAGUCAUUUCAGAAGUGAUUAGAGUUAUUGCCACUUUCACAUUCAAAGUGGUUCCAUAUUUGUAGAAUGUAUUAUUAUUGUACAACAUAUGGUAGACUAAGUACACAACCAUACAUAUGGGAAGUGCCAAUAAUUGAUAUUUUGCUGUGUGUAGACGUGUUCCUUUUUGUAUUUCAUAUUUUAACAUGAAUUUCUCUUUCAUAAGUGAAGCCAUUCGUGUUAGGAGUGUUGGAGAGGACCAAAGUUGUUUUGGUAAAAAAAAAAAAAAAAAAAAAAACAUAUCAGUUUCCAUGCUCUGUGCUGAUAGACUUUCCUUUUUUUCUUUUUUUUUUCUUUCUUUUUUAAAAUUAAAACAACAAAAAAAGAAAAAUUCUGAGCUACCCAAGAUAAAGCCGUCUGUAUCUUGUGAUUUUUUUUUUCUCCCGUCUGUACAUCUCUUGUGUUCAUUGUUUGAUUCUUUAGUCUUGGGUAUGUUGUGAUGAACUGCUGUAAAUUUGUACAGUUCAUGUAAAUUGAUUGUUCGGAAGUUGUACAGAUUUCUAUAUUUUGGAAGAAGAGUUUUUUUCUCUGUAAUAAAAGAUUUCCUAUCUUGGCAAUGUU